AUGGGGUUUUUGAUAACAUCGAUUCUAAUUUUGGGAGCGACUAUUCUAACUUAUCUUUUAGUUAGACAUUUGAAGACGCGAAAAGCAUUGAAGGUUUGUGGAAAAAAAAGUUAAAAACGAAAAAAUAAUUUUCAGAGAAUAAGUCAAACGCGGAAUUACCCGAUAAUUGGACACGCGUUGGUAACGAAACCGGAUCCUGUAGGAUUUAUUGAUCAGGUUAAAUGUUGCCUUUUUCCAAAAGGUUGCUGAUCUGUUUUAAGGAACAUAAUCUCAAUUUAGAGAACUAUCGUGGUGAAACGCCGUUUUAAGUGUUUUGAUAAUCCGUCCCGCUUUUUUGUCUUUAGACAGCUUAGCAAGCUUUCGUUGAUUUCUAUGGAAGUUAUUCAAUAAAUUGUAUAUUUGCAGGUCAAUGGGCUGUGCUAUCUUUUUCCAGAGAACCCGAGGAUGUGCGUGUUGUGGUUGGGCCCGAUCCCAAUAGUCAUGCUCUACUCUCCUCAGCUCGUGGAGGUGAUUCUCACCUCGAACAAGCAUCUCGACAAAGGAUUCGCUUACAAAUUGUUGGAGCCGUGGCUCGGUCCUGGACUUCUCACUAGGUGCUGGGAGCAGUCUAAAUUCUGUCAUUACAUUGACAGACGUUCUGAUGAUAAUAUUUUUUAGUAAGAAAGAAGCCUGGCGUCCAAGAAGAAAGCUGUUGACUCCGACUUUCCACCUCGAAAUCCUCAAAGACUUUGUUCCUAUCUUUAAUGAUCAAGCUAGAAUUUUGACAAAGAAGCUCGAAAAGUACUCUGAUGGGUAAUUUCUAUCAACUUUUUUUUCUGUAAAUGAUCAUGAAACAGGGAACCAGUGGAAGUUCUGUCUCUUAUAACUUUGUGUACACUCGAUGUCAUUUGCGAAACAUCCAUGGGCAAGUCGGUCAACGCGCAACUCGAGGAGAAGGUUUCUUUCUGAAGAAAAUUCGUCUCCUUUUGAUUUUGAAAUAAUUUUCAGAACAACGAAUACGUCUGGGCUGUCCAUACAAUCAACGAACUGAUACAGGAGAGGACCAAAAAUCCGCUGUUGUGGAACGAUUUGACCUAUAAAUUGUACGCUGGGCUCUUUAUAAUUCCAUCUAAUUCAUAGCUUUUAAGGUUCGGGAACGGAAAAUUGCAUCAGAAAUGUUUGGACAUUCUUCAUUCUUUCACAAGAAAGGUUUGCAUCAAUCUUUCUUCAUUGUUUUUGCAAUUUCCGAAAAAAUUUUGACUCUUUUUGACUCUAAUUAUAAUAGCGAAAAUAUCGAAACUUCAAAACAUACCUCAGAAAGUUUCGUAGAUCAGUUUUCGGAGACCGAUCAAUCAAGCUUCUUCAAAGUUUUUUUAUUCAAAGUUGAAUCUAUUUGGAGAACGUAGUUCAAGUUUUCUUCUCUCAUUGCUCUCGGCUAUAUUUUAAACAUCCAGAAAUUUCGAUAUUUUUGUUUGAAAGAACUAAUCACGCAUUUUUAAUUUCCUCUGAAGUCAACUCCAUAGUCCACCCAGCACUGGCUUACUUCUAAUUUUCUAGUCCGGGAAAUGAAACUUGAACUCGAAAAAAUCAGGUUAUCGAUGAUCGGCACCGGGAGCUGGAGCAGAGCGGCUGGAAGUUUGAGGGUCGUCUGGCCUUCUUGGACCUGCUUCUGGAGAUGGCCCGAAACGGCCAAAUGGACAGAGCUGACAUCCAGGCCGAAGUCGACACUUUCAUGUUCGAAGGUCACGACACGACUUCCGCCGGUCUCAUGUGGGCUCUCCAUUUGAUCGGUACUUAUCCGGAAGUUCAGCAGAAGAUCCAUGUACGUUUUCGAUAAGGAAACAGUUCAACGGCUAAGUGGUUGAAUUUGAAAAAAAUACUUUCAAGCUGAAGAUCUUAUUGAGUGAAACCUUUUUCUGCGUGUUUUGCCACUUAGGCUCCACUAUUUUUGAUAUAAAAGUUUUUUUUCAUACCAAAUAAUCGAUUCAUAAAAUAAGGCAACUUUUAAUUUGCUUUUUUUCUAUUUAAUAACGUUCGUUAUCAAAUUCAGAAGAGGAAUUAUUAUGAUUUCGAGAAAAAAAAAACUUCACGAGAGGUAAAUAUCAGAAUAACUCCGUGCAAGAGGAUCGUUAGCAGUUUUCCAAUAAAGCCUUUCGGCAGACUUUCUAUUGAAAGCCGAAGAUAGUUGAAUCGAGCUCGAUUUUCAUUUUUUCGGACUUGUAUAUUCCGUCCAAAUAUUAAACACUUUGUGCAGGACGAGCUGGACGAGGUUCUCGGAGAAGACGAUGACGUCACCGUCGAACACCUGCCGCGCUUGAAGUACAUGGAAUGUUGUCUGAAGGUUCUAAACUCUACUCUCAUCGGUUCUGACAGUUGCCAGGAGUCGUUGAGAGUGUGUCCCUCGGUCCCGAUCGUCAUGCGCGAGCUGGCGACUGACCAACAGCUGGGCGGCGUCACUGUUCCUAAGGGCGUCCACGUCCUCAUCAACCACCACCUCGUCCACCGCGACCCAUCCCAAUGGCCAGAUCCGGAGCGUUUCGAUCCUGACAGGUUAUUUUCCUUCUAUACUUUUUAUUAUUCAGGUCUUUUUAACUCCCUCUCGACUCAAUUAAUUUCAGAGAUAAAAACUAGCUGCUGUGAAUAUUCGAAGAGAGAAACUUUUUUUAGUUUAUUUGCUAACUGAUCACAAAAAAAUUCGUUGAAUUUCAGCUGAAGUUGACGGUUAAAAAGAAGUUCCCAAUGAUGAUUUUUAGAAAGCUCCUCUUUUUAGUUCUAUUCGUUUCUCAGUCUUGCGUUGCUAGAAAAUAAAGAUAGCACAUAUUCUGCAGGUUUCUGCCGGAGAAUGCGGCGAAGAGGCACACAUACUCGUUCAUUCCGUUCUCCGCCGGCAGUCGCAACUGCAUCGGCCAGCGAUUCGCGAUUCUCGAGGAAAAAGUGAUUCUGGCCCACAUUUUGCGACGUUUCCGCAUCGUCGCCGUCGAGGCUCGACAUGAGGUUGGUGCUGAUCUUUUGCUUAAUGACGCUGCUGAACAGGUGCGAUACAAGGUCGAGAUUAUCAUGAGGCCCAUCAAUGGUAUACACAUCCAGUUCUACAAGCGGUGA